UCUGUGCCAAGGUAACAUUGUUCCGAAUGGUUUAGCAUUUCCUGCCAAGAUCUCGUUAGUAUAUAUAAAGAGAAACGGUUUUGUAUCUCAGUAGCAAAGAUUAAAAGUUGUCAAGUGUGAUCUCAAAGAUUAAAAGUUGCCAAGUGUGCCGAUCUCAAGUUAAAGAUGUCUUGUAUUUUAAAGUCUUGUAUUUCUGCUUCAGUGGCCAUCAGUCUGUGCGUUUUGUUGGCGGCAUUAUGCACCAAAGGUAUGCAGCAAUUUUUACAGAGGAUUUGCCUAUCUAGUACACUGAUUUUUUUACUGUUUAGGUUAAUCUCACUGAGUGCAGCAAAUGAUCGUCAAGCGCGCCAGUUAUCAGAAUGAAAAAAAUCACCAUAGAUAUGUUGAAUUUGGUAGCCAAUAAAUUUUUUGAGAGAUUAAAUUGCUUGCUCCUUCAAAAUCAACCGUUUUCUAAAGUUCACUACCAAUUUAGGAAUCUGCCUUUUAUGUGUGAGAAAUAUCAAUUGUAAAAUUAACUAUGGAGUGGACUUAACGACUCCAAGUAUAAACAAGCCUGAGUUUCGAUGAGUGUAGUUAAUCGCGUAUUAUGCAAAUUAGGCGAGAAAAGUCCGUUAUUGGCAAGAAUGUAUAUUUCUUCAAUAACUCCAAAGGCAAAGCUGAGUGGAUCCUGAAGACCAGAGUGAAUCUGAAUAUUCCUAUAACAUUUAAUCUAUUUUUCAAUUGAAGUAAUGUUCAUUUAAAGAGUGUUAGAAAAUUUGUGGUAAAUUUAUUACAAGUUUUGUUCAACAAUUGUUUUCCCAGCGACAUGUAAAUGACUGUUUAUAAUAAAUUGUAAUUGUCGUUGAUUGACAAUUUGUUCCUUAUCUUACAUAAUUGUUCCCUUGGUCACUGCUUGCGCAAUCACCUUGCUCCUUAUUCACCACACUACUCGUAUUCAUCAGCAUGCCUAUGCCAGCAUGACUGAGCGCUAAUUCGAGCUGGUUACCUAAGAGAGCAGUCAUUACAAACCAGGGUAUCCCGAAAUGUUCCCGAAGCAUGCUGAGUUUGUACGUCAUAGAGUUUAAAAAAAUAACGGCUGAAUAAAUGCAAAACAACAAUGUUUUUUAGUGUUUAUAGCCUUAUAGGGUGAACUUGGGCUAAUGAAACGAAGGGCAUAUACUUAUAAUACGUAUAAAGAUAAAUUUAUUUCCUUUAAAUUGUUUCGACACACACAACAGGAGGAGGGCGUGAAGUCAUUGUUUUUCCUCCAAACACACAGUGUCAGUGUCAAGGCAAACUAAACUUUGCAAGUCAUUGUCAAGGAGAAUGUAAGAACCUGUCAGGCUAAAGUAUUUCAUUUAGACCCCCUUUAGAUAUAAGAAACUGUUCAGGCUAGAAUUUCAAAACAGAUUCUUUAUACUCAAAUAGAUUCUUUAUGAUCAAAUAAAGUCAAAAUUAAGUUACAAUCAGUGUAGCUUUAAAGUGCAUAUACUCAUAGCAGUGACAUACAAAGCGGAAAACACAGAAAUAAAAAUUACAACUAUUUACAAGAUAUUAUAUUACAAAAGUGGAAAGAGGAAUGGAUCAGAGUAGAAGUAGAGGGACCGAGCUGCCUUGUAAGUUGAGAGAGGGUACAAGGCAGUUCUGUCUCUCUACUUCUACUCUGAUAGUUCUGAUCCAUUCCUCUUUCUACUUUUGUAAUAUAAUAUCUUGUAAAUAGUUGUAAUUUAUUCAUAUUUCUGUGUUUUCCGCUUUGUAUGUCAUGGCUCUGAAGAUGUCUUAAAACUAUAUUUUUGUUAUGUCUCUUUUACGUAUUUUCUACUGGGCAUUAAUAUUUAUCUGAAGAUUACGAUUUCCGCCUGGUUCAUCUAUCGCAAGUGCAUAUACUGUCAUUUUUUUAGAUCAUCUGUGCAUAAUUUAUAUAAAUCAUAUACCAUACCUUCAUAAAAUGAGUUGCUUUUCUCUUAAGAAAAUAAGAACCUAUUUAAGAACCUGUUUAGCCUAAUUUCCUGGUAAGGAACGUUUACAUAAGAACUUGUUUAGGCUAAAUCUAGGUUCUUAUAUGCGGGGCCCGUUUUACUGUAUUCAAAAGAUGAGAAUUGUCCGCAGAACUGACCGCCAACUCUCUUCGCAGUAUGACACCAUGGAUAAUAAAAUACAACUUUUUUUAAUAUCCAUGAUGACACACGCUCACUCUCAUCAACUCUGAGCUGGUCCAAAUUUUGAUGAUGAGAGUUGAUGAGAGUUUUCGCUACGUGCGCAGUAAUAUCCAACUCUUUGUUCUCUGAGUAAUGAGCAUGACAGUUGAGAAAGCAAACUUUCACUUGUCAACCUUCAUCAACAUUUGUUAGGUUUUAUUCAUAUCUAAUACACAUACCUUGAGUUAAAUGGCCUGAGACUAAAUGCUGAUCUUUUUCCGCGAGCGUUUUCUACGGGAACUUCUAUAAAAAGACUGCAAUAUAAGUCUGUCUGGAGGUCCACACCAGGAUUAUUUUGUAUUUUUGAGGCCUCUGGGGUUUGAUUUUCGGCAUAUACAUAGCCUGUAUUUUAGACAGAAGCGACCUUCAAUAGGAAAAGGGGGCAACAUAGUUCACUGGAGGGGUCAACAUUGAAGGUAUGGGCGCGGGGGGGGGGGCUUGACCCCUCAGUCUGUAUGUUAAAAGAGACCCUACUUCAUCCCGCCCCGAACACUUUUUUGCGAUGAUAACUAACAUUGUUUCUGGUUUAGACGCCAACGCAGCCACAAUUCGUAAUGUUCUGACAACAGUCGCACCCAGACUGAAUCAAACCAUGACGGGCAACACUACAGUCACACCUAACACAAAUCACACAACACCUGAAGGUAUAUGUUCAGACCGGCUGGGAGAAGGGGUUAAAUUCACUGAUCUUAGAUGUAACAACACUACAGUCACACCUAACACAAAUCACACAACACCUGAAGGUAUAUGUUCAGACCGGCUGGGAGAAGGGGCUAAAUUCACUGAUCUUAGAUGUAGACUGGAUAACGUAAACAAUUCUAAGAAAAAUGUCAUAUUUCGUUAUAGUAAAAACCUCAUCUUGAUCAACUUUUUCACUGUCAAAGUUGCCGGAUAAGAUGUCGAUUAAUUUUAGUAGACUUUAACUUUAAAGUAGACAAAGUAUUUUAGCAACAAAUCUGAUAACAAAAACUGAAAAAAGUUGAUCAUGAUGAAGUUUCACUACAAAUUUAAGAUAUAUUACAUUUCUUCUCAGAGAUGAUACGUUAGAAAGGUCAAGUAUCUUGUAAAAUAGUUAAAAACACAGAACAAUUUAUUUUCUAGUUUGUGAGGACGAAAACAAGAGUUGUACGUGGUGGCACAAAUUUGGUUAUUGCUACAAUGGCUAUAUUAAUGGAUACAUGAGAAAAGUUUGCAAGAAAACCUGUGGCUUCUGUGGUAAGAUGAAAUUUACAUUGGCCCGAUUCAUACUAGAAACGGAUGACCAGUCUGGAUGAACUUGGGCAAAUCAAGUCAUUAUACCCAUUUUAUAGUUUGAUUGGCAAAAAUCCACAAACUCAGGGGCCGCGGGCAAUGGGGGCAUAUGCCCCCCCUUUUUUAAAAGUGAAAAAGUGCCCUUUUUUCUGGACUAAAGAAGGGCCCCAUUUAAAGAACGAAAAAAGUAUUUCUUGAAUGAAAGUCCUCUUUUGCUGGAAAGAAAGUGCUCUUCUUCGGCUGUAGUAAAGACUUUGUAAAGGCCAUUUCCGACGUUAUAGUAUAGAGACUUCAUAUUUUCAAAAAUUUUCGUUCGGCUCGUGAACGACACUAAAUUAUCGUUUGAUUUCGGUCAUAUACAAAAGUGCCCCUUUUGGCCAAUGCCUCUCCACUUUCGAAAUGCUUCCGCGACCUCUGGUGCCAAACUACGGCUACCACUUAACAUACACGCAGGGCAUAAUUUAUUGCAGAACCAUUAUUAGGGACUGGUCAUAAUUUAUCAGGGGGGUGGGGAGGUGUAAUUCACAAUUUUAAGGAAUGAUAUUUUGUGACCCUGCUUUGCCAUAACCCGGAAAAAGAAAUGCCCCCCCCCCUCUCUCUUACUUGUGUCAGUAAAAAUGUACCUACCUACUAUUAAACCCUGCAUUCGAUAAAUUUUCUAAUUGUACUUUAAAUUUUCUAAUUUUCUAGUUGCGCUUUAAAUCAAAUCUAAAAUUUAUAUUAUACCAAUACAUAGUCAUAUAUAAAACUUUAGUUUUUUUCAAACUUUUCAUUCUAAGUUUAAAGACUGAUCAAUUUUUUUCAAUGCAACUCAAACAAAAUAUGAGAAGGCAUGUAUAAAACAAUUAAUUGAACUAAAACAGCAGAUCUCCUCCCCACCUUCAUAAACUGUCUAAUAUUUUAUGAACCCCCCUUUUUCCUGGCUAAAAAUUAUGUGACCCCCCCACUGUUUCCACCUCCCCACCCCUCCUGCUAAAUUAUGACCAGUCCCUUAGUGAAUAAGAUUAGGUCGUUCCAGAAAGGAUCCAUACUCCCCCCAAGAAGGAAAUUUCUGAAGUCCGGAGGGGGAAGGGAGAAAAAUCUAUUUCUGAGAAUAUUAAGUGUCUUAAAUCAUCCCAGCAAAGAAUUAAUGCUAUUUUCAUUUCCAUUCACAGGGCGCACUUCAGGAGAGUGCAAAGACAAGUUCUUCUAUUGCCCAUCUUGGAUAAGAUAUACUGGUGGUAAAGCACUUGCAUGCAAUCUGGCAUUCUAUCAAAAGAGAUGUCCCUAUACAUGCAACGCUUGUAAUCAGUAAAAAAAUACUAACAUGUUGGGAUGUUGGAACAAAAAGGGCAAAAGAUCAUGUUGUGUAACUGUUUAGAUCUACUAAGUCUCUUCAAAUAUGCAUAGAGACAAUGGGUGGUGGAGGGGCAGCCAUCCCCUCUGCCCCACCCCCAGUUCCGGCAUCCAAACUUACAUCAUGUACAGUGAAUGAAUGGAAUAAUUACCGAACAAUACCGAUGGGGAAAAUUGGAAUAAUAUACUUGUGGAUAUUUGGCACUUGCCGUAUUUGUUAUUCUUCAACUUGGUUACCAGGGAUUUUUAUCAUAGAUAGGAGUAGAAGGCAACUGAUUCUCACUAUGAACUAGAAUCAGAAAACUAUAACGUUAGCAAGUUAUCAUGCAAGUAUAUUAAUCGCAAUUUGAACUGGUACUACAUAUUCUAAUUAAUGUAAACUGAUAAUCUAGGGGUCUUAAAUAAAUAUUUUAUGGUUUCUAGAAGGCCCUAGCCCACUUCUUGUAUAUACUUUAUUUUCAGAUUUGUUAAUGUAAUUAGUAAAUAAAUAAAUAAAUAAAUAAAUGAAGUGUUAUUGUCUGAUGAGAUUAAUAAAUGAACAAUUCCA